UCCGGAAAUUUCAUCGUGAUUUUUGGGGAGAGUAUGUUUCUCAAGUAUCAGACUUAAAAUCUAUCUCUCUUUUCUUGGCUUUCUAAACCUUCGUUAACAAACGGUUCUGUUUCUUCCCAAUCAUUCUAUUUGAUAUUAGGGUUUUUGAGAUUGUUGAUUUUUCCAACUGAGAGUUUCAGCUGGAUUUUGAUCUCCAGAACUCUGAUUCUGCUGCUCUGGAAACUUCAAACAAUGGAUUUGGUAUUAAGUUGUAAGGAAAAGUUGGGGUGUUUUCGGGUUAAAGAGCUCAAGGAUGUUCUAACCCAUCUAGGUCUUGGAAACCAAGGAAGAAAGCAGGAAUUAUUGGAGAGAAUUUUAGCUGCCAUUACAGAUGAGCAAGUUACCAAGUCUAAGAAGAACUCAAUUGGGAGAGAAGGGAUUGCCAAAAUAAUUGAGGCCACUUACAGGAAAAUGCAGGCUUCCAGGGCUACUGAUUUAGCCUCUAAAGGACAGAGUGAUUUAUCAUUUGACGCUGCUAAGUUCAAAGAUCAAGUGGUUGACUCUCGUAAAAUAGAUAUAAAGGUUCAGUGUCCUUGUGGAAGCUCGUUGCAAACGGAGUCAAUGAUUCAGUGCGAGGAUCCACGAUGUCAAGUAUGGCAACAUAUUGGUUGUGUUAUUCUUCCAGAUAAACCCAUGGAGCGUGUACCACCAAUUCCACCACAAUUUUUUUGUGAAAUAUGUCGUAUUGAUCGUGCUGACCCGUAUACAUAUCCACUACCUCCUAUAAAGUUGACUGCUUUGAGUAUUCCAACUGAUGAGACAAAUCCAAUGCAGAAUGUAGAAAAGACAUUUCAACUGACACGAGCAGACAGAGAUAUGGUACAGAAACCUGAAUAUGAUGUGCAGGCCUGGUGUAUGCUUCUCAAUGAUAAAGUUAUAUUUAGGAUGCAUUGGCCCCAAAUUUUAGAUCUGCGGGUUAACGGUGUGCCAGUUCGGAGUAUCAAUAGACUGAGCUCUCAGUUGUUAGGAGCUAAUGGCCGUGAUGAUGGUCAUGCAAUUACGACAUGUACGAGGGAGGGGAUGAAUAAGAUCUCUUUGACAGGAUGUGAUGCUCGCAUUUUCUGCUUGGGGAUCAGAAUUGCAAAGCGCCGAACAGUUCAGCAGGUUCUCAACUUAAUACCAAAAGAGCUGGAUGGUGAGCGUUUUGAACAUGCACAUGCCCGUGUUUGUCGUUGCAUAGGGGGUGGUAUUGAUGCGGAAAAUGCAGAUAGUGAUAGUGAUCUGGAAGUUGUUGCAGAUUCAGUUACUGUCAAUUUGCGUUGUCCUAUGAGUGGUUCAAGAACCAAGACUGCGGGAAGGUUCAAACCUUGUAUUCACAUGGGAUGUUUUGACCUUGAAACUUUUGUAGAACUUAACCAACGGUCUAGGAAGUGGCAGUGCCCCAUUUGCCUCAAAAACUACGCCUUGGAGCAUAUGAUCAUUGACCCAUAUUUCAAUCGCAUCACAGCCAUGAUGAGUCGUUGUGGAGAAGAUGUUACAGAGAUAGACGUCAAGCCAGAUGGUUCUUGGCGUGCGAAGAAUGACAGAGAGCAUUUGGAUCUUGCACAGUGGCACUUCCCUGAUGGUUCUCUUUGCGUUGAGACUGGCAAAAACAUUAAACCUGACUUGGAGAACUCAAAGCAGAUCAAACAUGGACCUUUGGAAGGACAAAGCCCUUUUAAAUUAAGAAUCAAGAAGAAUUCAAACGGGACAUGGGAAGUUAAGAAACCUCAAUUGCUAACUCUCUCCCCUGAAAGUCAGCUAAAAGAGAAAUACGAUAUUCAUAGCGGAGGAGGCAUUCUUAGGAGCAGCAGUGGAACUGGAAGUGCUAGAGACGUUGAUGAUCGAAAUGCUAAUCGAGACGUUGGUGGGCAUGAUUUCCUGGCCAACGAUGGCAGUGAGCUUGAUUCUGUUUCUCCUAACUUUGACUCGGCCUAUGAAGUUCCAUCUGCUCCUGUAGGAAAUGCAGAUAUCAUCAUUCUCAGUGACUCGGAUGAAGAGAUGGAAAAUCUUAUUUCCCAUGGAGCUGUCUUUGAAACAGGUCAGACUAAUGCCUGUGGCACUUCUUUCUCUGCUCCUUCUCUUGGAGGUCCAGUCUCGUAUCCUGAAGAUCCAGGUCCUAUUACUGACAGUGCUUUGGAUCUUCUAAAUAGUAAUGGUACUUCUACAAGUAAUGUUGUCCAGGAUUGUAUAGUUAAGCUCAAGAGAACUGCCAACUCUUGUGCAGAUACCUUAGCUAAGUAUGCAAGAACAAAAUGGUCUUCACCUACAACAAUUCUAGCUGAUGACUUUGAGAAAGACCAUACCUUUGUUAUAUUUUAAUUCUACAGAAAUUUGAAAC